GUUGAGGACGGCGUGGCGCGUUUGCUGAUGACGGCUGACGUCUCGAAGGUUGCAGGCAAGCCUAAGCAGGCUGAAGCACUGAUUGCUGAACGCAUACUUGGAGAGGCCACGGGUAUCGCAAAGGGGCUCGACGGCAUCGAGGCGGCCUUGGAGCCGUUAGGGCAGCUAUUCGUGAGGGUUGCUUUGAAGCUUGUGGGGAAAGAGAAGUCGGGUCGGGAGGGGGCCGUGUACACGUGGGGCGACAUGUGCAAAUCAUUCUUGAGCGGUGUCAGCUCCAUCAAGGGUCAGACCGUCACGUUCGAUGAGUGGAAUACGUAUUCGGUCCCGAGCGGUGCAGCUGCAACUGCCAAGGCAAUGCCUGCAGCGUCUGCCACGGCGACGCUCAACGACCAUAAGGGCCCUGCGUGGAUUGCCAAGAAGGCUGGUUACUCGGUCGGGUCCUUCGUAGUUCAGAAGGAUGUUCCAGCCCAGAGGCUUUACGCUGUCUUCAGCAUCGGCCAUAUGGUCAAGCUUCGCGGGGUGGUCAACCACGGCGGAGAGCCACACGCGGCUGAAAUUGCAUUGGAAGGUCUCCUUGGUAAGUGGUCGCUCUCAAAAGCUGAGCCGCCAAAGCAGAUGGAGGGUGAUCAGCAGCGGCCCCGUCAGUUGUACACCGACAAGCAAAAUGCUAUAUUGUACCGAGCUCUUCUCGAGCUAGACGCCAAGCACAUGGGAAAGCAAACGCUAAUCUUCUGGCGGAAGCCAGAUGAGGUUCGGACCACGUGUGCGAUCAAGCAGGGGCAGCUUACACUGGUCCCAGUGGCACCGUUGGUCAACAUAAGCUCGAAGAACGCGUCUAAUGGGUCGGGCGCGCCGCUUGGCGACCACACGAUUGGCAGCGGCACGCCGCUUCAUUUUUUUGUUUUGCCUGUGCCGAAGCCGAGCGACAACGGCGCCAGCAAGCUCGAUGAAGCCGCGUUCGUGGCUGCGUACUGGUGGGUCGCGACAACAUACGAUAAGAAGCAAGCCAACAUGGCUACGAGCCACGUGUCCCACGGUGGCAUCAUGCUGCCAGUGCUGACCAACAUUACCGACAUCGGGCCGAACGUAAAGCCCCAGGUAUUCGUCAAGCCCAAGGCCAAGGCUGCGCCGAUCCACGAGGAGAGCGCCAAGAAGCAGAAGAGGUCGUAA